AUGCUGGACCCAGAAUAUCUCCAUGUUGGGGCCCCAGACACCCAGCCGCCUGCCUUGGACAAGCAGAAGGAGCCGACAACGCCCAAGCGGAUGCUCAAGUCCCUCAAACGCGUCUACAACGCGUCUGUGACAUGCUUUGAAACACAUAUACGGCUCUCUUCUCAUCAAUCUGCAUUGCAAAGGAAACUGGCUCUCAAGUCCAUCUCAAAGGACGACAUACAAGACGUUAGAAAGAUUUCGGAAGACCUCAUCUUUAUUCUACAAUUGCCACAUGAUCGCAGUACAUAUAAUCUUGCAUUAAGGUUACUUUCAUCGAUUGCAACGGCAUCAGACCCUUUGGCAUUUGUGCUGCUAGAACGACACAUCUCGCCCAUCCUCCGUUACACUCUCGAGACAUCGCUCGAGCUUCCGCCCCAAAAAGCCACAGCUUUGCUUCUUGUGCUGGACCAUUUGGACAUACGGCACCGCAUUUCAAACGUGCGACGCAUACUCACCGACGCAUCGGCUGCCGAGUAUCCCGACAUGAACACCGUCACCGCCGUCGAACGAAGCUGUCGUGAACUCAUCAGCCUAUUCGACUCGGAGAUGUGGGUAAAGAUGAUGGUGCAAGAUCUAUUGGCGCUUGUAGCCAAGACGCCCUCCAUUUCCUGGCUUCUAUUGCAGCAAGACAUUUACCCUGCAGUGGUGAAAAUUGCCGGAAAUAGCGGGCUCAACUCCGCAAAGCUGUCCAGAAGGCUUGUUAGGCUGGUCGCAGAAAGCAGCACAACAAUACUUCGUCUCAAACAACGCGUGUACCCGCUUCUCGGCAAGAAGGCCCUUGAUGACGAAGAACUCGUCGCACAGGAUGCCUAUCGCUCUUUGAUACAUCUCGCACGCUCCGAAGAUCGGCAGGAAAGGCUGGCGGCAAUUGGCAUCCUCGAGCAUGUUGCCCAGUCUCGGUCAGCGGCAACGGCUAUUCUAAUCCGACCAGAAUACUAUGAAGCAGUGGAAAGGAUGUGGGCUCUCGGCUCCACGUCGCUACCGGUCGAUAAACUCUACCGAUUACUUAACGAGGCCAUUGUGGACAGCCUCGCAAAUGCGCGCGCCUUUAUCGCUACAUGCGGCUUGAAUGCACCACCCGAGGUCGGGCGAGCUUAUCCAAGCGCCUCUUCAGACGUUGCCAGGUUUCUACUUCCUACCGAACUUUCGGACCAGCUCGUCGGUUCAUUCCGAAACUUACUCAGCAUAUGCACUGCUUUGAACGUGUAUGACGAGAAGACGAUAGAGGAAGCACUCGACAUUCUAUCGGGUGCGACGGAUCAGUCGGACACUGUCUCGUUUGGCCUGGUGGAUCCCUCGCUGUUGCCAUUCUAUGCACUGCUGGCAGAGGGGCAGCCGUCUGCCUCGGUACGGCGUUUGCAGAGCAAGAUCGAGCGUAUUCAAACACGCAAACAAGCCAUCGAGACAAUCACGUUGGUUCAACGACUGAAGCGCACACGGAACUGGUCUGGUCUGGACGGUGACAAUGCUCGGCCGCUAUGCCAGAUACUGAUCUCAUGUGCAUUAGAUGACAGAUUGCACGAUGUACGAGGACAGGCGAUCGAUGCGCUCAUCGAGUUGUCAAAGUCUCCGCCAUCGUGCUCUUCGGUGCUACUAGAGCCAGAUCUUACAAAUGACCUACGCAAGCUCUUGUCGAAGUCGCGGGAUCAGCCCUCAUCCACUCUUUCCGAACGUAUAAUCACUUUGGAGCUUCAGAGGAGCAUGCAGAAUGGCAUCUCACGACUCGUUGAGCUGUCAAACAAGCGAUCCGACGGCGAGUGGGAUGAGGCAGAAGAGUAUGAGUCUACUGUUCGUGGUCUUGCACGGGCAUAUGAUCAGCAUAAAAAGGACGAAACACUUCUACGCACGCUGUACAAGUCGAUACUUGUCGUAGCCACUGGUAAUGAUCGUGGCCGGAGAUUGCUGGAGGCCUAUAUAGGCAAUACGUCCGAACUGCUUUCGAAAGCGGAGAACGAGCAUACUCAAGGUGCUGUAAGGGACGUAAUACGGCACCUGGAGACGUUGGCAGAUCGACUACUGCAGCAAUCGCCACCACCGAGCGCCUUGAUGUUUGCUCAACCGUCGCCGCGUCAACGACUGGACCAUUUACGGACGCUCUCAUCCUCUUCUUCGAGUUCUCCUGGCCGCGAUUUGGUGUUGGAGAGACUGGCACAAAAGCAACGGGUGGACGCCGAGGCGCUGUGCUGGCGGUUGCUCGCAAUCUGCCGGCUAGGCCUGAGUGAGUGGUCCGUCGAUGCCGCGUUGGAGCUAUUGGGCUCGUUAAUCAAAGGCUCCGAGGCUGUAUAUCUUUGCUUUGAGCAAGACGGACUUCGGCGUGCGUUGCGGGGAUUGGCUACCAACGGAGCUGCUUCAGGUCGGUGGAGAGAGCACAUGGGGCAAGCUGUCAGGCGUCUGGUUGUGUUGAUCGAGGGUGUAGAGCAGCUACGCUCAGAGCCCUCGUCUUCGUCGUCCGGUACGGCGUCGAGCACGCGCUAUACGAUGCCAGAGAUUAUUCCAAGCAGCGUCCUGGCUUCCGAAAAGGCAUCGUCAUCGACCCAAGCUGCUGGCGGUCAUGGCUAUCACCACUCGACGAGCUCUUCAGUAUCCUCGUCACCACGUACAACGUCUCUCAUCCACUCUCCCAGCGCUCCAUCAUCCACAGGUCUCCUCCCGAGCUCGCGCACACAUAGCAACUCGCCCAGGAUAAGACCAGGGCCUUUUGGACGAGCAGAAUCCUCCAUUCCCAGCCAAAGGACAAGCUUGUACUCUAACCCAAGCGCAACGGCAGCUGCACUUUCACCUCCACCGCCAGCACACUAUUUACGAGGCAGAGCGCGGCUUUCGCAAUCACAGGAAUCAGUCAGACAUCUAAGGAAGCGCUCAGAAAUCUUUACGAGGGCAAAUCAAACCCCAGGAGCUGCCGGUAGAGCCCAGGGAUCUACAAGCCGCUCGAGGAGUGUAGACCCAGAGGAGGGGUGUCUCCUAUUCACUGCUACUCCCACUCGACAUGAUCGCCAACGAUCCAGCUCCACAUCGGAAUGGCCACUGGCGUCCGUCGAACCGUCAUCUGCACCCGCCACGACCACCGCCAUCCAGGGACACCCUGCACCUGAUAACGAUGAAAUAAAUCAAUGGUCAUUUCUCCAGACGGAUCCCAUGGGGAAAGAGCCACCGCCACGACGGACACGACAUGCGCCCAAGGGCAGCCUAGAGAUCGCUGCGUCCGGAGGUCGAGGGAGCAUCGAUGUCAAGUUGAGCAAGUUGGAGAUAAGACCAAGAAUUCCCUCCAACAACUCGGAUUUAGUCACUCCAAAGGCGGGAGACUACUCAAGGCAAUGGAAAGAUUUACAUCAUGGUCCACCGUCAGAGACCGAAUCUCCUCUUUCGAGUACUUCCAAUCUCUCUGGAUAUUCAUCCAACGACUAUAGGCCAACUUCGAAACAAGGCGUGACUACAUCAUCUCCCCCUGCUCGCCAUGCGUUCUUACCGCCCAAUUCACCUCUGUCGACUCCGAUGUCGCCCGUAAUUCGCGCUCACCUGGAUGUGUGUUCGUACCCGGCGUCUGCCUGCAACUGUGCCGACCAGGAGUUACGCAGUUCUUUCCAAACUGCUGUUUCGCUACCAGGCACUUCUUUGCAAUCAUCCACCCCCUUAGCCCUCCCAACAAGCGGUCCAGCCGCAUUGUCCGAAGUGCAAAAACGCCGAAGAGCAUAUGCAUUUGAUCAAUUUGUCACCUAUUCAGAGGCGUUGCCUCGGCCAUUGCCGAUGCCUGUGCAACCGACUACCAGCUCAGUCAGCCAGACUGAUACUUUUGGCACUUCCAGUUCCACUGGAUUCAUAUCCUCAAAAGGCGGAUCUGGUUCGGGCUCUAGCGCCGAGGAAAGUCUAUCAGAGUCAGCCGAGUCUUCCUCUAUUCUAUCGCGCAUGGCGUCUGCCGCUAUGGACUACAAUGCAUAUCGCCAUAGCGGGUAUCAGACUCACAUGAGCCCUCAAGUAAAUGCACUUACUGCAUCCCCCACAUCUUCAGCAUCCUCACUCGCACCGUCGUCCUGGAAAAACGAAAGCAUGAAUGGUCACGUCGUACAGCCGUCGAGGUCUGUGCCAAACAUCUCCGCGGCCUCUUUGGCCAGUGAUAAGACGUCAUUCUCCCUAUUCAGAUCGCGCUCGGGAUUGUCUAUAUCCUUGACUUCAGGUACCCAGCCAAAAAUCAGGAAACGCGGCGCAUCCGUGUCUGCAUCUUUCUCUGCAUCAAACUCUGUGUCUUGGAUUGACACGAGUGUAGAGGAUGAAAGACAGGGGCGGAAUGGAUUUGAACUUGCCCAGGAUAAUGAGGGCCAGUUUGCCAUUACGCGUACAGUUUCGUGUGACGAUGAAGACGAGUACUAUGCGUACUCAGAGUGCCAUGCGUCUCACUGUCACCAUCAUGUGAUGGACGACGAGCCGACUAUCAACGAGCAAGGAGAUUCGGUGCUCAGCGAGCCCAAUACACUCAAGAAGGACCGAUCGAGACGGAAGAACCCGCAUGGUCUCCAAGGAUGGAAGGCUAAAUGCCCAUUAUGCAGGUUCAUGGCCAGUAUGAAAUCGAUCAUGGCACCCUCGACCCCUACCAAUCCCGCAACGACAGACAACGACCAUCCUAUAACAGCACCUGCGUACUCCACCACUGCUGAUAAGCUCUGA